UCCCGCCUCCCUCCGUGAGGGCUUGGCGGAGCCGCUGUUUGUGCGCUCGGGGCCGCGCCGGGAGGGCCCGGAGGACCGCGGUGCCGUCGCGCCCAGCCCGGCCAUGGCCGCGCGCGGGGCCCAGCGGCCCAACGGGCACUCGCAGCCCAGUAAGAUCUGCCAGUUCAAACUGGUGCUACUGGGAGAGUCGGCCGUGGGCAAGUCCAGCCUGGUGCUGCGCUUCGUCAAGGGCCAGUUCCACGAGUACCAGGAGAGCACCAUCGGCGCGGCGUUCCUGACGCAGUCCGUGUGUCUGGACGACACCACGGUGAAGUUUGAGAUCUGGGACACGGCGGGGCAGGAGCGCUACCACAGCCUGGCCCCCAUGUACUACCGGGGGGCCCAGGCUGCCAUCGUGGUCUACGACAUCACCAACCAGGAGACGUUUGCCCGUGCCCGGGGCUGGGUGAAGGAGCUGCAGCGCCAGGCCAGCCCCAGCAUCGUCAUCGCCCUGGCCGGCAACAAGGCUGACCUGGCCAGCAAGAGGAUGGUGGAGUACGAGGAAGCCCAGGCCUACGCUGAUGACAACAGCCUGCUGUUCAUGGAGACCUCGGCCAAGACAGCCAUGAAUGUCAACGACCUCUUCCUGGCCAUCGCCAAGAAGCUGCCAAAGACGGAGCCGCAGAGCACGAGCGGGGCCGGGGGCCGGGGCCGGGGCGUGGACCUGAGCGAGCAGAGCCCGCAGGGCCGCGGGCAGUGCUGCAGCAACUGAGGGAUCCACUGGGAUCUGCUGGGGUCAGAGCUGGGAUUGAACCCAGAUCCAACCAGGAUUGAACCAAGAUCCACCAGGACUGAACCCAGAUCCAGCCCGCAGGGCCGCGGGCAGUGCUGCAGCAACUGAGGGAUCCACUGGGAUCUGCUGGGAUCUACUGGGGUCAGAGCUGGGAUUGAACCCAGAUCCAGCUGGGAUCCAGCCCAGAUCCAGCCAGGACUGAACCCAGACCCAGCCAGCAGGGCCGCGGGCAGUGCUGCAGCAACUGAGGGAUCCACAGGAUCUGAUGGGAUCAGGGCUGGGAUCACAGCCAGGAUCCAGCCCAGAUCCAGCCAGGAUCCACCAGGACCGAACCCAGAUCCAGCCAGGAUCCACUGGGAUCAACCCAGGAUUGCAGCCAGGAUUGAACCCAGAUCCAGCUCACAGGGCUGGGGCUGGUGCUGCAGCAACUGAGGGAUCCACCAGGAUCAGAGCUGGGAUCCAGCCCAAAUCCAGCCAGGAUCACAGCCAGGAUCCACCAGGACUGAACCCAGAUCCAGCCCGCAGCUGCAGCAACUGAGGGAUCUGCUGGGAUCUGCUGGGAUCCCCCGGGGUCAGAGCUGGGAUUGAACCCAGAUCCAGCCCAGAUCCAACCAGGACUGAACCCAGAU